AUGCAGACCCUCGUGGGCGUCUGGCAGACGCAAGCUACCAUUUGUUUCGUCCAGCAACUCGCUCAAUAUAUCUGCAAACGCUUCAAGUGGGAAUGGGAAGUUUUCAACCAGCUUGGAGCGGAGACAUCUGAAAACGAUGUCUGUAGUGGGUUUCGAUACUAA